GUUGACAAUACAUUGCGAAUUUAUUUUUGAAUCGUACUUUUUUCAAAAAUGCCUUCGAAGAAGAAGAAAUACAACGCGAGAUUUCCAGCAGGGAGGAUCAAAAAGAUAAUGCAGACAGAUGAAGAAGUUGGAAAAGUAGCACAAGCUGUACCAGUCAUAAUCUCUAGAACCCUUGAGCUGUUCGUUCAGUCCCUGCUCACCAAGUCCACGCAAAUCACACAGAGCAGGAACGCGAAGACGCUGACCCCUUCACACAUGAAACAGUGCAUACUCUCUGAGAGCAGAUUCGAUUUCCUGAAGGACCUAGUGAAAAACAUACCGGACGCGAGCGUGCAGGAGGACAACGAGAACAACGAAAACAAUGUCGUCGAUGUAAUAGACUACUCGAUGAACAGGGAGGAAAUAAAAAUUGAGCUGGUGGACGAUGAGCUGGACGUUAAACCAGCCAACUUUUACACAGAGCAAUCCACGUCGACCGUGGAGAGGAAGCCGGUCAUACAGUACGGCCCGAGCGUGAGGAAAUCCGAUCCUCCAGUUGAACCAUCUCCCAUUCCCAGUUUGGCAUCCGCAGAGGUCCCAAAGAUCAAUAUCAAAAUGGAAGCCAUAGAGAAGGAAGAACCCAAUUUUCAGAUUGAUGUUAACCCUCAGAGCGACAGCAAAACCACCAUCACCAACAAUAGUAGUAUAGCGAAAAUAAGCCCGGCCGAGGUGCCGCCGCUGAUUCCUAUCUCCCAAAACUAUGGCCAAAGCACCAGUGAUAAUCUUUACAUCGACGAAGAUUACGAUAUUUAAGUAUUUCCUUUUGUUUCUUAUAAUGUAGAGAUUUCGGUUUUCUUCACAAUAUUUUUUUUUUCUUCAAAACUUAACUAAGUUGAACAUAUUCGUAAUUCCAAUUUAAUUAGUAAACUA